AUGGCCAAGCCGAGACAUUAUGUAAGACAUCCAUCAUAUGUUCCUAAUACGGCUAGACCCAUCACACCCAGCCAGAUGAGAUCUCCCUUUGAAUCUCCGUCGCUGCUUCAUCUGCUAAACCCCAAAGAGGCGCUUGUCGUGCAAACCAUCCGAGGCGGUGAUUGUUAG